AUGGGUACCAAUCUAGUUACAACAGUAAAAUCUAAAGAAGUUUCUGAUGAUUUGAAAGAACAUAAAGUAACACGACAACUUUGGUUUUACUUUGUUGGUUCAAUGUUCACUCAAAUCAGUACGAAUGCAGCACAAGUCAUUGGUCCAUUGGUUCUUUUAAGCGUUAGUUCAUCGGGUUUCAUGACGUUAAUAUUUGGACUUUCAGCAGGGACAGAUGCAUUAGGAACAUUAUUUGGUUCUACCAUAUUGAAACUCUUUUCACCAAAUAUAACAUUAGUUAUAAUACAGAUAUGGAGAUUAAUUUGUAAUCUAUUAUUGGUUUUAUUACUUCACUUCAAUUUAUUGAAUCGAACAAAUGGUGCUCUAUUAAUAUUAGCUGAUAAUUUUAGUUUGGGAAUGUAUGAUACUGUUAGAGCUUUAUUACCAUUGGUUUGGACAGAUAAUACUGAUAAUAAAAAUAAUUCCAUUCAUCAACAAUUAAAACGAUUGAAUCAGCGAGCACAAUUUAUGUUUGAAUUAGGGACAUUAUUAGGCCCAUUAUUUGUUGGAAUUAUUCUAUUAGUUACAAAUGGUAAUCAAGAAGCAGCUAUUUGGUGUACUGUUCUUGCUUUUUGUGCUACUUGUUUAUGUUAUAUGUUUGUACCCGAUAAAAUUUCGCCUGUACCAGAAUCAAAACAAACUUUUAAAGAAACAAUUUAUCAAGUAAUUCAUUCUAAUGAUUCAAUAAUAAAACAAUGUUAUUUAACAAUGAUUUUGUUACAAAUUUAUCGUGUAAAAUCUUCUUUACCAGCAGUAAUAGCCAAUUCAAUAUUACAUUCUCCUAGUUCAACUGCUUGGAUUACAUCCAUGUGGGGUGUAUCUGGUAUGAUUGGAGCUAUAGCUUUUAGAAAUCUGAAACCCAAUUCAUUAGUGACAACAUUGAAAUAUGAUGCUUUAGCAUUAUUAAUAUUUGCUUUCGGUUGGAAAACAUAUAAUUUAUAUGCUUAUUUAAUGACUGUUAUACUUUAUAUAACCAUUGAUAGUAUUGUUCGUUUACAAGUUCAAACAAGUUUACAAGCUGAAAUCACAAUUAAUUCAAUGGAUGCUUCUAUAAUGAGCAGUAAUCGAUUUUUAUGUAAAAUAAAUGCAUUAUUCAUUCGUUUAGUUAUUUCUGCUUGUUUCUAUGCUCCUGACAUUCAUGAAUUACGGUUUUGGUUAACAACCAUAUUUUUCAUUCUAUGCAGUAUUGUUAUUUAUGGUUUAGCUUAUUGGUUUCAUAAAAAUCAAAAACUUAAAGCUAUAAUUAAUGCACCCAUUUCAAAAUGUUUAUUAGAUACAACGUCUCAUACUUAUCCUGGAUAUUUAUUUGUAUUUGAAGGUUUGGAUGGCAGUGGAAAGUCCACACAAAUUAUGUUAUUAAUGAAAUGGCUAGAAGAACAAUAUCCAAAUAAAAAAAUUAAUUUAACAACAUGGAAUUCUUCAAUAUUAUUAUCAAAUACAAUUCGACAUUUUAAACAGCAACGUUUAUUAAAAAAUCCACAUUCAUUUGCUUUACUACAAUGUACAGAUUUAAUGGAACGUUUAAAUACAUUGAUAAUUCCAGCAUUAAAAAAUGGUGAAAUUGUUUUAUGUGAUAGGUAUUGUUUCACGGCAUUAGCCAGAGAUAAAGUUCGUGGAUGUGAUUUUAAUUGGGAAACACAAUUAUAUAAAUUUGAACUUAAAGAUGGUAAUAACAAUAAACCCAUUCUGGUAUGGCCCGACGCAAUCCUAUUAUUUCGUGUUCCUGUUCAUAUUGCAAUUGCUCGAGUUUAUGCAAGAAGUUUAAUUACUAUCGAUCCCAAACGACGUACACAAACUCCUGAAGAUGAGGAGGAAGGUUUAGAUUCUGAAAACGAAAGUGAUUUAGAUGAUAAUCAAUCAGAUAAUGAAGACGAAGAAGAAGAAGAAGAAGAAGAAGAAGAUUAUUUUCCUCAAGAAGAAAGGAGAUCAACUGUUGAUACUGAUGAUCCAUUAUUUAGACGAAGAAUUAUUACCACAUUUCGCGGUAGUGUUAGUUACGAUACAAUUGCCGAUGACUUGCUGAGAGAUAGAUCUUUUAGUCACAUUGAUACGCAACAUAGUAAACAACAUAGUUUCCGACAUAAUACUAUUAGUUCUGGUGACAUAUUGUCACCUGAUCAAAAUCAGCACUACGAGACCGAAACAUCCGACUAUCCCAUUAAUAAUUAUCCGACACAUAAUCAAUCUCGUGGUAUUGCAGUUUACAACAAGAAAACUGACAACAACGAUAGUGUAGCGACGCCUAUAAUCCAGAUAUCCUAUUAUGAGGCUGGUUUAGAUUUAAAUUUACAUUCAGAUUUCAACGUUAAUUUUCAUCAGUUUCAACAUAAAGUUCAAUCUAUUUACGAAGAGUUAUUUGAGCAAUAUUCGUUUACAAAUAAUUUUCAUUUAUUUAAUGGAGAACUCGAUAGAGAAACAUUAUUUGAACUGAUCAAACAAUGUAUUCAAACAACAAUUAAACGACGAAAUGAAGAAAGAAAGUUAAUAAGUCCUUAUUUUGAGAAUAAUGAUAUUGAAAAACAAAUUCUUACAGAAGAGGAAACUCAAGCAUUAAUGAUAUCAGAACAAUUCGGUCCUGCUAUUUCAAUCAACGACAAUACUAGUAUAUUACAACCUCCCACUACUUUACCUGGCCAAAAUAAUGAUAAAUUAUUUCGUUUUUAUAAGAAGAGUAUUGGAGCAACAACAAUAGGAUCAACUUCAGGUGCUGCUUUACACUUUUACUCUCGUUUUUUAACAUUACAAUUACAACAAAGAUUUGUUACAAUUUGGGAAUCAUUAACAAAUCAAUCAAUUUCGAAUUCAAAUCAAAUAAAAUCUUAUUUACAUGGUAAUCCACAAUUAGAUAAUUGUGUAAUAACUGCAGGACACGACAAUGGAUGUUUUUUAUUGGAUUUUGAUCGUUCACGCAUUGGACCGAUUAGCUGGGAUAUUAUUAGACUAUUAUUAUCAGUACAAAUUGCAUUUAAUACCAAACCUGCAAUCUUAAAUGAAAAAGAAAAUGAUUCUAAUCCUAUUAAUUAUGACAAAGACGAUGAGAAGAGUGAAAAUUUAUUAAUUUUACCAGUUACUACAGCUAUACGUGUAAAAACUAAACAAUCUGCUACCGCUACAAAAGCAAAUAUAGUUCCCUUAGCAUGGUCCAAAGCAUUUCAACAAGGCUAUAGAAAUGGAAUCGAUGCAAAACAGCAUUUACGAACAUUAUCAUAUACAUUAAAAAAACUUAUUAAUCAUAAGAAGAACCGGCAUAAAAUUCCCAAUUAUUUGAAAUCAUCUCGUGCUGAACCAAUAUUCUUUGAUGAAAUUCAAAAUGAAAAAUCACCUUCAUAUUAUAUUCUACAAUUAUUACAACAAUACUUAAAUUCAGUUCCAGCUCAACAAGCUGGUUUAACAAGUGAUUUAAAUCGACUAUCAAUUCUUGAAAUAGGUCGAACGUAUUCUACUCAACAUCGAGAAAGAAUAAUAUUUGUUAUUAAAUAUGCAAAUAAAUUGUAUGAUUUGGAAUUCAAAUUAAUGUUACAUGAUAUUGAUGCCAAUGGUUUUACCCAUCCAGAAUCAAUUGAUGUAUUUGACGACGCUAAACGGUUUCUAUUAGCAUCCGAACUCUAUUUACCAAAAGAAUCAAUACAUCAAUUAUUAUAUCCCACCACAUGCAACGGUCCAAAAUCCUUAACUUAUCUUGCUUUUAUUCAUCAGAUUCAAUCUAUUGGAAAAAGUGGAAAUGCUAAAAAUAACUCCACAUUUAAACUACGCAUUGGAGUAGCUCCUCGUGAUUUGGAUUCGUUACAAAUUCAAGAACUAUUAUUUUCAUUAGGCCAUCAAUUAGGUCAUGCACAUACAAAAUUUAUCAAUUCCAAUCAGAAUCAAAGUCAGCAAAAUAUAAGGUUGUCCACAUAUAUUGAAAGAAAUUGGGCAAGAAUGGUUGAAUGUGUUUUACAAUUGCAAUCAGAAGUUACUGAAAGUUAUCAAAUAUUCGUGAAACAACAACAAUAUGAUUUGAAGAAAAACCUAUAA